UGUUAAACAUGGCAGACUGAAGUUGUGAAUAAAGUUUUUUAUUAGUAAUUAAGCUUAGUUUAAAUAAAAAUUAUAUAGUUUAAAUAUAAAUUUAAUCAAAUCAAAUCAAAUUAUGUUCGAUCUUUUAGUGUUAAGUGAUACUUCGUCGUUGUGAAGUGAUCACAGUGUUACGUUAAUAAUUAAGUGUUGUGUUUAUUUUUCUUGUGAUUAUGGAAAGUUCGAAUGAUGAUAACAGCGAUACCGAAUUGGAUCCACGAAUUCAAAUUGAAUUAGAAAAAUUAAAUACUGCAACAGAUGAAAUUAAUCGAUUAGAAAUUGAAUUAGAUGAGGCAAAUACAACAUUUCGAAUGUUAUUAAACGAAUCGACAAGACGGUUAAAAUUAUUAUCAAAAAAAUUAGGUGGAUGUAUUGAACGUGCAAGACCUUAUUACGAUGCGUUAGAAAUUGCAAAGCUUGCUCAAAUUGAAUGUCAAAGAGCCGCUGUAGCAUUUCAAAGAGCUAAUGAAAUUCAUGCUGCAGCGAAAGAAACCGUGGCAUUAGCUGAACAAAGAUUUAUGAGUAAUCAACAUGAAUGGCAGUUUGAUAAUGCAUGGCAAGAAAUGUUAAAUCAUGCAACAAUUAAGGUAAUGGACGCUGAAAACCAAAAGGCUGAAAGCGGACGUGAACAUCAAAGACGUGCUACAUUAUUUAAUGCCGCCGAACAAAAAGUACAAGAGCUCGAAGAAAAAUUACAUCGUAAUAUAAUAAAAUCACGGCCAUAUUUCGAAGAAAAAGUAUUAUGUUACGAACAAUUGAAAACACAAAAAGAUCGCAUUGAACAAUUACAAAAAGCUGUGACUAAAGUUAAAUACGAUUAUGCGCAAUCCUUAAAACAAUUAGAAGCUAUUUCUGAAGAGAUCCAUAAAAAACGUAAUGGUGGUAAAUUGAAGCAAAGUAAUCGGGAAGAAGACGAUGAUCAAUUACCACCAAGUGGCCCUAGAGAGCCAGGUGUUGGCGCUGAAUUAAACACACCAAUCGAGGAAGAAUAUACACCGUCACAAAUCGUAACGGCAUCUAAUACUAGUACAAAAUUACAACUACCUGAUUUCGAUUUGGAAUUAGAACGAUGCGAAGUGCACAGUUGUUCGAGUGUCACAACCAGUUCAGCUGUUUCAGAACAAGAUGAAACUGAAACACGAGAAGAAGAAGAUUUAGAUGAAUUACGACAACGUGUACGAGAAUUAGCUGUACGUCCUGUUGAUGGUGGAGGUGAAGGGCGUAGUGCUACUGAUGACGCAUCUUGGGAAUCUGAAUUAAAUGCGACUGUCGAUAAAUUAGAUCAUAUGAUGUUAAUGAAAGAGUGUGCUCAAGAAUUAAAUAAUCAAUAUAAAUUACAAGAUAAUUCUAUUACUCCAAGUUCAAAAAGUACUGUAAGUUUGCAAAAUUCACCGUUAUCCAACAAAAAAGAGUUAAAUGAUUGUAAAACACAUAGUGAAAUUAUUAUUGAUCCUAAUAAAUUAAGUGAGAUUACCGAAAUUUCUACUACUACUACUACUACUACUACUAAUGAUGUUAAUUGAAAAUAAUAUUUUAAAAAAUAGAUUCAUUUUUAUCUUUUACCUUGAAACAUGAAAAUUUUUUCCAUUAUAGAACAAAUUAAAACUGAGUACACCUUAUUACAAUAUACGUAUAUUAAUUAAUUAAGCAGUUCUAAAACAUUCAUUAAAAAAAGGCGUAGUAAGAUUUCUCAGUUACAUAUCAGUAAAUUAUUUAUAAAAAUAAACAUUUAAGAAUAUCUUAAAGAAAGUUCUAUAAGUUUCAUAAUAAGAAUAAUUAAUAAUUAGCUAGGUAUGCUUCAAUAAAAAUGCAACAUUGUCUACACUUGCAUUUUUAUUGCGCGAGUAUACAUCAAAGUGUUCUUUGAAACCACACUACCCUAAAAAUAUCGUAAAUAUUUCAAAAGUCUAUAAAACUAAAUAUUGUUACGAACAAUCGCACUAUAUGUUGAACCAUAAAUCGUUGUUUUUAUGAGGUGCCAUUUUCUCUAUAUACUUUGCAAUUGUAGCUGCGAUAUACAAACUAUCCUGCCAAAAAGUAGCGUGAGUUUAUUUAGUAAUACUCAUAAUUUUGCGUUCAAUCAUCAAUUUUCCGGCAUAACCUUUAAUCCAUUAAAAACAUUCAAGUUUAUUUGAAAUGCUCGAUCAUCUUUAAAAAAUCUUCAUGAAAGAGUGAUUUUAGAUUUGGAUACAUUACACGAGGCAAUUAAUUAGACGAGGCCCAACCUUCAUAGUUUUUUAAGGCUUAUUUUGUGUAUCUGCAAUUCUUAUAUUCAAAGCGAAGCGUUAGAACAAGUACAAAUAAAAUUUAAAAGUAAUACUGGAUAGGGGUAUAAAGAACAAGUACAAAAACGUAUCAAAAAAAUCUGUUCAUGUUUCAAGCUAGAACAUUAUAACGAAAUUUUUC